GAUACACAAGACCAAGAAACACACGAUACGAUGGAGGAAAGCGAAAGCUCGUGGAGUUUGAACGAAACACCAAAAGGAACGCCUACUGAAAUUAAAGAAGAGUUUACACUUACAGAUAAGGAGGAUACGUUAUACGACUAUCAAUCGGAAGACUAUGAUAUUCCUUCCGACGAUAGGAAAUUGCUGGAUAGACUGUGCCGUCUUGGUUAUUUCGACGGAGAUUAUCACUUGGAAGAGAUCAUGUAUUUAGAAAAUAUUCGUAGAUCCCAAUUGUUACAACUUUUAGAUAAGUUUCGAGAUGUAUUGAUGACUUCCGAAUGCGAAGAUGCCGCCAUAGCACUUUUUUAUAGUCGAUUAGGUACUUGAUUUUAUUAUUGAUUUUAAUUCAAUACGAUACAGAGGAAAUAAUUUACUCCAUAGACAAAAUAAUUUUUUCCGAUUUUAAACUAUAUAAACCAAGAUGUUACAAAGAACUUGUAUAAUUUUAAUGCUCAAUUAUAACAACGCUCAAUUAUAAAUUUUUAUUUUUUAGUCAUAGAAAUAUUUUAAAUCCGUUCUCUCUUUUAUAUCUUUAUUAUCUUUAUUAUUUGCAGUCUGUUAUACAUAGUUUUCUCUUGAAAAGACAUAAAAAAUUAUCGCAUCAUAUACAUCUUACAAAUAAAUUUUGUUAUUUUUAUGUUAAUUUGAUUAGAUAAAAAAAUUUUAUACAUUACAAAAAUAUUUUACUUAUACUUUCUCUUACAAAACUCGCAAUAAAAUUGACAGGAUUUUUUACUUAAUGUGUCUUAUUCUAUGGAUAAUCUAUAUUACAAUAGAAAGAGGAUAAUGCUAGUUGAUGUUACUUAAGAAAUAUUUGUCCAUAUCGCUGUUUCCUAAAAUUUCUAAUUUAGUAUUGGCUUUGGAGCUGUGUGGUUAUUUCUUUUGUGUGUGUGUGUGUGUGUGUGUGUGUGUGUGUGUGUGUGUGUGUGUGUGUGUGUGUGUGUGUGUGAUAGGCAAAAUUAACUGCGGAGAGAGUGUUAUACAAAGGUAUGAAAAAGAUUGUUGAUAAAAAGUAUUAAAAUAAAUUGUUAGUAAACAAUUUGUUUAAAGAACUAUUUUAGCAUAUGUCAAUUAUUAGGUAAUUUUUUUUUAGCAAAGGCGCUAUCAAUAAUUCGGUGCUAUUAUUUUAAAUUCAAAUAAUAAAAAUAAUUCGUAUAUUUACCAUUCUUUAUUUUUUUCUUAUUUCAAAACUUAAAAGAGGAAAGGAAGGAGUAAAAAAAUAAUAAAACUUUUAAUUUAAAAGUAAAACAUUUUUAGAUAAAUUGCGGCUAAGAUUUGUUCCACGUUUUAGGUUUCUGUCUCCCUAAAAAGGGCCGACUGUUAUCUAUUAAGUGGCUCUCAAAAGAGCCGAUUUAUUUAAGUAAAACGUGGAACAAAUCUUAACCACAAUUUACGUAAAAAAUGUUUUACUUUUAAAUAAAAAAAGUUUUAAUUUGUUUUACUCCUUUUUCUCAUCUUUAAAAUAUAUUUUCAAAUAAUAAGAAAAAAAUAAAGAAUGGUAGAUAUACGAAUUAUUUUUAUUAUUUGAAUUUAAAAUAAUAGCACUGAAUUAUUAAUAGCUGCUUCGUUACAAAAGAAAUCACUCUAAUAAUUGACACAUGCUGAAAUAAUUCUUUAAAAAAUUGUUUAAACAUUGUUUACUAACAAUUUAUUUUUGUACUUUUUAUCAACAAUUUUUUUAUACCUUUGUAUAACACCUCCGUAGUUAAUUUUGUCUAUCGCUGCUAAUAGCAAAUUCGAUUGCUUGCACUAGUGCGCACUGAGUGUAUAUUAAGGCUUGUUUACAGUCAAUUUUUAUAUUUAAAAAUCAUCUUAAAUUCUUUUUAAAAUACUUCUUAACAAGUAAAAUUAUCUGUACAAUAUCCAUAGAAUUAUUUUUUUGGUUAAAUAGUUUUUGAACAUGUAUUUUUAAAUAUAAGAAUACUGAUGUAAAGUAUGUAAACAAGCUUUAGUGCGCACUCAAUGCGCACUAGUGCAAGCAACCGAAUUCGCUAUAAAUCAACUAUAAAAAUUAAGUAAUUGAAUCAAAUAUUUUAAAUAAUUAAUAAAUAAUAAAUAUUAAUAAAAAA